CGGCAAAUACUCCACUCCAAGUUGGCUAUCUCUCUGGUGCGCAUCUUCGCGCAAUCCGCCUAUCGUCCGCGGUAUAUAUUACCACCAUAUAAGCACUGUGUAAUCCGCACAUCAUUUGCUCGCGCCUGGACCUUCAAACGGCGAGACCUUCGCGAGAUGCAAGCUGAGGGGCUGAAGAGGGAUAUGGAUGUACAAGAUACUGAAGAGCCAGCUGCGAAGAAGAUGCGGCUGGAUUCUGGUUCUGAAGCCUCUGGAUCAGCAGCCCUUUCUGAAGAGGGGAAUAGUGUCUCUACCGACCUGCUUGCCACUUCCCAACCUUCAUCCUCCAAGGAAGCAGACCACAAGUCCAAAGCGAAGCAAGCAAAAUCACAGCGAAUCAAGGCUCAGCAGCGGGCAUACGCUGAGAAACGAGGCAGGAACCACUGGGCACCCCGGGAGCCUCGUGAGUCUAAGGAAGAGGAAGAGGGAGAGGAAGGGAAACGACUGCCUAAGCGGAAGGUGGCUCUGUUGAUCGGUUUCUGUGGUACUGGAUGUCAUGGGAUGCAGUAUAAUCCUCCACAUAGGACGAUCGAGGGCAUCUUAUUCGACGCUCUGGUAAAAGCGGGCUGCGUCAGCGCAGACAACGCAGACGAUCCAACAAAGGUCGCUCUUUCCCGCGCAGCGAGGACGGAUACGGGUGUGCACGCCGCAGGCAACCUGGUGAGCAUGAAGAUCAUCCGUGAGCCGGAGGGUGUGGCGGACGUCAUGCGUGCUGUGAACGUGCACUUGCCGCCCGAGGUCAGGCUAUGGGGGAUCGUCCGCACCGCCAAUAACUUCAUGGCCAGGACGUCGUGCGAUAGCAGAGUGUACGAGUACCUCUUCCCGUCGUAUAUGCUCCUCCCGCCAAAACCGGGCACGAAGAUGGCAGCCCAGGUCCGGUCAGACAGGGCCCUCUCGGACGAGACGUUUGCGCAAGUCGAGCCUGGAGAGGCACACCCGUUCUGGGCUACGGAGGAGGGGGACGAGCUACAGCGGAAGAGGGCGUGGAGAGUCGGGCUGGAGGAGAUGACCCGGCUUGGAGAGCUGAUCAAGGUUUUCGAAGGGACGCAUAAUUUCUGGAACUAUACCGUCGGAAAGGAGUUUAAGGAGAAGACCGUCAAGCGGUAUAUGAUGAGCCUGGAAGUGCGAGAUCCGCAGGUGGUGGGGGACAUGGAAUGGAUCAGCGUAAAGUUCCACGGUCAGAGCUUUAUGCUGCACCAAAUUGUGCGUUCUCCCCAACCCUCCCAAACGCCCCCGUUCUCCGUCCCGGCCAGCUGACCACACACAGCGCAAAAUGAUAAGCAUGGCCAUCCUCGUCUCUCGCGGCCACUGUCCGCCCUCACUAAUCCUCGAAUCCUUCGGCCCGACACGUAUCGCCAUCCCCAAAGCGCCUGCCCUUGGGCUGCUACUCGAGUCUCCGCAGUUUGGGGCGUAUAACGCGCAUAUGCGGGAGCGGAAUCAG